CGUUAAAAUUUGUUAAUUCGAGUUCAGUCAUUUCAAUCGAGUGUGCUCUGCUCGUGUGAACAACAUGAGUACGAUCAGUUCUUGGAAAAUUGCUGCGAUCCUUUUGAAUCUUUUAACAAUUUGCACCUAUGGAGAUCCUGGAACACUACGGACAAUAGAAAUGCAAAAUUUGCCAAUGGAAAACGAAAGACACAUGGCAUCGUUUCCGAAUACAAUUUAUUACCCGAAUAUGUAUUCGGUGCCUUACGAACAAAGUAAUUUAAUGCAAGCGAAAUCAGCGCCCAGAAUGGAACCAAGUGAGAGUAAAUCUUCACCCACAUUCAACGACUUCGUCGAUGCUGUCAACGACUUAACAGAUAACGAUGAGUAUCCACAGCAUCCACAAUCUAGAGUAGCUUCCAAAUUUGUUACUCCAAUCACAUUUAAUAAACCAUUGAAGUAUACGUUUGACAAACCGAACUACGUGCCAUGGUCCCCUAAUGUCUACCAAGACACACCUAGUGUUCUAGGCCCGCCAGCGAUACACACUGACAAGUUAUGGAAACCAAGGUUUGGACUGUUUGAUUCUGGAUCGCCGAAUAAAUUGGGGGGUUUAUUGAACCUCGGCCUCGCACUGCUAGGUGGUUCAGAUUUAAAGGCAUUAAAGGACACGUUCAUACACAGCAUUCUGAAGCCUCUUUUUGUAGCAAAGAGCAGUUUGAAGGCGAUAAUUAGUAAACUCGCGGUGCCGGUGUUGGCUCUUGUUUUAGUGAAUGUAGAAAUUUUAUUUGUCGUUUGGUGGAUGUGGGAGGAUUGCCCUGAAGUAAAACCAGCAGAAACUACGACCCCGUACUCGCAAACAAUGUCAAGUAACUUUAGCACAUCUAAGUAAUUUAAGUAUCCCAGUUGAGCGUAAGCAGAAAUUAUUAUUUCCUACAUUUGAACUUAAGAUACCUUUAAUUGACCCCAAUGUGUAUAUAAGUUAGUAUUCGGUUGAUUAAAAGUAAUGUUGUAUUAAUUUAUUAUAUUAUA